CUAAAUUCCACACAGAUUCCUUCUUAUUUGCCAAUUCAAACGACAGCUAAUAUCUCUAAACCCUAACUCUGUCAAAUUGAAUUCCGCAUUUUUUAAUCUUCAUUUCCGAUUUUUGGGUGAAAGCAAGGAAAAAAAAAAAAAGCUGAGAUCGGCUCUGAAAAGUUGACAAUUAUUGCUUUUUAUUGGGUAGUGUCUGAAUUUUGCUGAAUUGACGAUACUUUAAUUGGGGUUUGGCUUGUGAAUCGCGAUUGAUCUCCUCUGAUGAUUUGUUAUUGCAGAUCAGUGUGCCAAUUUAGCUCAAUAUCAUAUGAUUUUCUGCCCUCAGAUGUGUUCUUUAUAUGUUGUUUAAACUGUCUUAGAUUUCGUCUUAAAAUUUGAUCUUUUGACUUCUAGUUGUUUUCUGUAUCUGUACUAAGUUGGCCUCAAAGUAUUUAUUUUGGGUUGUGUUGUUAGUGGUUGAAAGUUUGAAAUUUGAAGCCCAUUUAAGCAGAUUAGCCGUCCAGUUUGGAGAUUUAAGGGUAAAAAUAUUAAGGUUUUCGGUGUGGAGUUGAGUUAUUGUGACAAAUGGCUGAUCGGUUUAGGUCUGCUUCAAUUGAGGAAUUGCCCUCUGAUUUGAUUUUUGAGAUUUUGAUAACUGGUCGGCUUAGUGCGGUUGAUCUAGUAUGUCUAGAGUUGAGUUCUAAACUUUUUGGAAGGAGUCAUGGAUUGUACCCCCAUAAAUUCCGGUCAUUGGUGGAUUUUGCAGCAUUUCAUCUUUGUGCAUCACAUAGCAUAUAUGUGGGGAUGAGUUUGAAAGUGCAGAAGGAGCUGUUUGCUCGGUGUAAUGAGAAUUGGAAGCAUGUGUUGAGGUUCUUGCAGUCUGUGGAGCAUUCUUCUGACAUGGUCAAAACCUCUGCAGGGAAUCAGAUGCAGAUUACAACAGGAAGGUAUCACACAUUGCUGAUCAGUAAUUCAUCAGUUUACUCUUGUGGUUCCAGUUUAUGUGGUGUUCUUGGUCAUGGUCCUGAAACAACACAAUGUGGAGCAUUGGCACAGAUUAAUUUUCCAUAUGCAGCACAUGUGACCCAAGUCUCAGCCACCCAAAAUCAUGCAGCUUUUGUUCUACAGUCUGGAGAGGUUUUUACAUGUGGGGAUAAUUCAUCAUAUUGCUGUGGUCAUAGAGAUACAAACCGGCCCAUAUUUAGGCCUAGGCUUGUUGAAGCACUGAACGGAGUUCCUUGCAAGCAGGUUGCUGCAGGGCUUAAUUUCACUGUGUUCCUAACAAGACAAGGUCAUGUCUACACAUGUGGGUCUAACAUACACGGCCAGCUCGGUCAUGGUGACACUUUCGACAAUCCAACACCAAAAAGCAUUGCAUUACUUGAGGAAGUUGGCUCUGUAGUUCAGAUUGAUGCUGGUCCAAGUUAUGUCCUGGCUGUAUCUAGAAAUGGGGAUGUUUACUCUUUUGGUUCUGGUUCUAAUUUCUGCCUUGGACAUGGAGAGCAGCAUAAUGAGUUCCAACCACGUGUGAUCCAGACAUUUAGAAGAAAGGGCAUUCAUGUGGUUCGUGUCUCUGCUGGUGACGAGCAUGCGGUGGCACUUGAUUCCAGUGGAUUUGUAUAUACAUGGGGCAAAGGUUACUGUGGUGCUCUAGGCCAUGGUGAUGAGAUUGAUAAGACAAUUCCAGAACUCGUGAGCAGCCUUAAGAAUCACCUAGCUAUCCAGUUUCAGUGUCGAAUACAUCAGGAGGGGCCUUUUCCUCCAGCAUCAGGUUCCUGCAAAAUGUGGGCGACUCAGUCUCCACUAGUGGGUCUGUGCAAGAAAGAGGAAAACGUUUGUUCUGGUUGAUAAUGGCUCUGUUUAUGGCUUUGGGUGGAGCGGAUUUGGUAGCCUCGGGCUUACAUAUGAUAAAGUGAUGAAGCCACGAAUCCUUGAUAGUUUAAGAGGUCACCAUGUUUCUCAAAUCAGCACUGGGCUGUACCACACUGUUGUAGUCACUCAACAAGGGCGAAUAUUUGGUUUCGGAGAUAAUGAGCGAGCACAACUUGGACUUGACAAGUUAAGAGGAUGCCUGCAACCAACUGAAAUUUUAAUUCAGGAAAUGGAAGACAAGGCAGAUCUUGCUUCGGCAAGCGUGUGACCUGCACGGAAUUUUCCCAUCCUUUUUCUGUAGAGAUUUAUGGUAUCAUUUAUUUAUGAACAGUGGACAACUUUUUUCCUUGAGAAUUCUUAUAGAAUUUUCAUUAAACUAUAACUAUGAAUGCAGGGUAAAUCAGUGUUGUAUUAAAACAAAUUGUAGCAAGUAGUAGCUACAGUUUUAGUUAUUUUGUCGUGAAAAGGCCAAAAAAUAAUUCUUUGUAAUUUAGUUCAAAAGUUUGAAUUGAUUUUUAUAGUUGCUUUUGUUGUUUCA